CUGUGUUUCUUCUGAAAACGGCGUCGUCCGCUCGAGCAUUUAACCUAGAAAAGCUUUAUUUUUGAGUCAUUUCCGAAAUCCGUUUGGAUUACUGUUAAAGAUGGCUAAGAGAAUCUCAGCUCAACUCUUCGUAAGCAGGUUAUCUGCUUAUACCACAGAUCAAUCUCUGAGGCAAUUGUUCUCUCCUUUUGGUCAAAUCAAAGAAGCUCGGCUUAUUAGAGAUUCAGAAACACAGAGACCUAAAGGAUUCGGCUUUAUCACCUUCGAUUCUGAAGAUGAUGCACGAAAGGCAUUGAAAAGCUUAGAUGGGAAGAUUGUAGAUGGUAGACUAAUAUUUGUUGAAGUAGCCAAGAACGCAGAGGAAGUGAGAGCGGGUAUUAACAGUAAUAAAGCCGAGGACCGCGGGUAAUUCAGGCAUCUCACACUCACUGUUGUCAUCAUGUAGAUUUGUCUACAAAAUUGAUCUAAGAUCAUGAGUUCCAUGUUACAAACUCUAAAGCUGUAUGCAAUUUGUAGUCUAGUGACUAGACUCUAGUCUAGUUUGUAGAAAAAUCUUUGACACUGUCUGUACUCUUGAGCUGAUUCUGGGCCUCUUUUCUUAAAAUAACAUUAUUGGGCCUAUUGAGUUAACGGGC